UCUCUCUUUCUAGCAAUUAUACCAGGCGUUUAUGCAGUCUAUAUCUUUAAGUCUUCCGCCUUGGAUCCAGCAAACUUGCAUUGCGCUAUUCGGCCUGCGGGCUUGGCGACAUGUCCAUGCCUAGUGCUUGUCUGCUUCUUCAGAGUACCAGGUGCACCAGAGUCCCACAAGAGUCCAGCAUUGCUGUGCCCUCGGGGGCACCUUCGGCAAUAACCAGCUUGUCAUGGCCGGCAGCAGGAACUCACAUCGCCGUCCCGAACACGGAUGCUUUGUCGUUGAUCGACAAUGAGACUGUCCCAGCAAAUGAUCCGAUUGCAACCCGCACAGAUUCUCAAAUUUCACUUGAAUAUCCUGCGCAGACCGCAGCAACGCGGCUGUCGCAGGCUCCAGCCGCGAUUUCUACAGAUACGCUUCCCAGUUCCGUCGCAACCACCACGACAACAGAUAGUCUUAGUGCUUUCACAACCUCAUACCUUCCUAGUGUUCAACAUGAACACGUCCCACUGUCUUCGCAGACGAGCACCCAAACUCCGAGUCUCAGCUCCAGCCAACUCGUGCAACCGUCGUCGACGGAGCACUCUGAGUACUUGCUUGGUGCAGCCAGCCUCAUCACAUCAGCGCCCCAGACGUCUUUAGCAAUCAGUACUGCAUCGACAGCCAUACCUACCACGACGGAUGUGACUUCCAGCAACCACACCACUUCAGCAGAUCCCGUAGAUUUCCCCCACGACUCUAGCUCCAGCACCCCCUUACGUACCAUCUUGGGCAGUGUGCUAGGUGGACUGGCCUUCGUGGCGCUCGCUUUAGUCUUAGGUUAUUACUUCAUGAGCUCGAAGCGACGCACUGGUCGAGGCUCUCCGAGCCUCGGCACAAGUGAGGAAGUUUUUACAGCGGAAAAGAUACCUACUGUAGCACUCCCAGGUGGUGCUUCUCGUCCAGGAGUCCCCGUCUCCAAGCCCGAAUACACCUACUACGACCCCCGCUCUUCCGCCAUCCCCCGCGCUGCAAACGCUAAUCCAUUCGUCGAGCCCCUCGAACUCACCUACAAGUCCACGUCAUCCCGUGGAACGACCGUUCAACGCGACCGAGUGAUGCGCAACCCUUUCGCCGACCCCUAUUCCAGCCCGGGAAUCGUAUCGCCCACCACCUCCACCUCCACCUCCACCCACUUGCGCCGAUCGCAGAUGUCCCAGCAGCAACGCCCCGUGUCCAUUGCCUGGGGCGGCUCCGUCUACAGCGGCGGCGACGUCAGCCUGGGCAGCACGCUCAUCCUCCCGAAUGGCCGCAGCAGUGUCGGAAGCAGUCUCCUCAACCGCCUCAGCUACCCUUUCACCGUCAACGAGCUCUCGGACGCCGGGGGUGGCGAAGGGUAUUAUGAUCCGGGCGCGCGGGUCAGCACGCGCAGCGACCCAUUCGAUCUGGAAUAUCCAGUCAAGGCGGCGGUCAUGCAUCGUCGCAGUUCGACGACCAUCCCGCUCGCGCAGGUGUAGUACUCAGUAAGAUCUGAUUCUCGGGGAUUCCGUAAGACUGGAUGUGUAUAAUGAUAUGACCGAACCGACCCGCUGUAUGAU